AUGGUGGCGACAUUGCUGAUGGUCUGUUUCCUUUCCAGCUCCUUCUCUAAUGAAAUCCUGGGCCUGAAACUGCCUCUGGAGCCUGUGCUGAAUGCAAACACUGUCUGCAUGAACUUGCCUGGUCUGACCCGGCGGCAGUUGGAGGUUUGCAUACGGAAUCCUGAUGUGACGGCAUCUGCCAUUCAGGGCAUCCAGAUUGCCAUCCAUGAGUGCCAGCACCAGUUCCGUGAUCAGCGUUGGAACUGCUCUAGUCUGGAGACCAAGAAUAAAAUCCCCUACGAAAGCAUCAUCUUCAGCAAAGGUUUCCGUGAAAGUGCUUUUGUCUAUGCCAUUGCAGCUGCAGGAGUGGUACAUGCGGUCUCCAAUGCCUGCUCCUUGGGCAAACUGCAAACCUGUGGCUGUGACCAGAAGCGCCGAGGGGAUGAAGAGGCUUUCCGCCUCAAACUUCAUCGCCUCCAACUGGAGGCCAUGAACCGUGGCAAGGGGAUGAUGCACGGCGUCCACUUGGAGCACCUGCCAGAUGAGGUCCCUGGCCUACAAGACUCCUGGGAAUGGGGGGGUUGCAGUCCUGAUGUGGACUUUGGGGAGAAAUUUUCCAAGGACUUCCUAGAUUCUCGGGAGAUCCAUCGUGACCUCCCAUCCCGUAUGAGGCUUCACAACAACCGUGUUGGCCGGCAGGUGGUGAUGGAGAACAUGAAGCGAAAAUGCAAGUGUCAUGGAACUUCAGGAAGUUGCCAGCUGAAGACAUGUUGGCAAGUGACUCCUGAUUUCCGGCUGGUGGGUUCAGUGCUCAAGGAACGCUUCCAUGUGGCAACACAGAUCCGGCCCCACAACAGGAACACUGGACAGAUGGACGUGGGCCAAGCCCGCCACCGGCGUCGUGGUGGCAUCAGUGACCUGAUCUACUUUGAGAAAUCACCUGACUUCUGUGAGAGGGAACCAAAGUUGGACUCUAUGGGCACACAGGGGCGUUUGUGCAACAAGACCAGCCCAGGCAUGGACAACUGUGAAAGCUUGUGCUGUGGACGAGGACAUAAUAUUCUGCGGCAAACCCGCAGUGAGCGAUGCAACUGCAAAUUCCACUGGUGCUGUUUUGUAGCUUGUGAGGAGUGUCGACUCACAGAGUGGGUCAGUGUCUGCAAAUGAUAUCUAUGUCUCUGUAAGCCUGCAGAAAGUUCCAUUGUUUGCCUUUGCAGCACUAAGGAUGGAGCCCUGCAUUAACAUAAAUCAGGGUUUGAGGGACUUGGUACAUGCUAACGUUUCACAUCUCCCGUCACUUCCUUUCUGGCCGGUUACAUGAGCUCUUGAUUCCAGGAGAUCCUAUUGUACAGAUUUGAGCCUUGGCUUGACGUUUCCAAAACACCAGGAGCUGUAUAUUAGUAAUCUUGCUGGAGACCCAGAGGUUGUCUCUGGCUGUUUCUAAGCAUUGACACCUUCAGCCACGCUUGUCAAGUCUAUGAGCUAUAGUUCCUCAUAAAAUAGCUGUCAUUCCCACCAUAUCGCCAUUCAAAUUAGUGCCCUUUAAAUCCAACAUUCAGGGGGUAGGGAAUACAAUCAAAUACCUGUUAACCUAGGCCAAAUUUGUUCCAUUCUGGUUAAAGUGCCAUGAGCACCUUUGUUGUUCAGGGGGAGAACAAUGAAAUAAAAUGCAACGUUGGUUUUAAAGAAAUGUUUCAAAAAUGAGAUUGACGAGUUGGGGGUACAGAGCUAUCUCUGGAACAAGAGCCACAGGCACUGAGUGCAAAUACUGUGGUUGGUAACUUAUUUUAUUAUUGUGCGAAUAAACAUGAAUCCA